CGUGUCAUCUUUCGGGAGAAGUUUUUUUUGCUGAUGUGGACGCUCUAUGGAGCUUCAAAAGGUCCCUUUUAUUAGUAAGGAUUAUCAGCAAUCAAUCUUAUUCAGGCAAUCAAUAUCUGAUACUUGAUUUUAAAAUAUGCUUAAUUUGAUGACAAAAAAACUUAUAUAUACUUAAUUCAUAUUCUUUAGAAAGAUUACAACUGUUUUAUUUUUGCCAACUAUUAGAACUAUUUCUUACAGCUUUGAAAAAUACUUACGAAUUCUUAAUUAAUUUAUAUCAGCAAACUUCUGUCAGCUUCGUAUCAGUUACUUAUAUAUUUUGUAACUUAUUAACAGGAUCACAGACAUAUAUAUAUUUCAAAUAUAUAUUGUGGUAGAAUUAGAUAUGUUAAAAAAAGUUAACAAAAAUUAAGUUCUCAAAAACAAAACACUUUGAAGUUUAUGGUUGUAAGAAAACAUUUUUUUUUUUUGGCAACGAUUUUUUUGUAAGAAAACAUUUUUUUUAUAUAUUUUGUAAGAAAACAUUAUAAAACGAUUUAACUAUUUAAAAGAGAAGUUAACUAUAUUAUAAUAGGUUGUCUACUCCAUUCAGAACACAUAUAUAUAUCUCAACCCAAAAAGUAAAGUUAUGUAUAAUUUGCACAAUUGUCUUUAUCAUAAAAAGUUGUAAGAAUGACAUUGCUAGCUAUUAAAGUAGAAUUUGACUUUGGAUGUUCGUCACUUCUAUCAUAAACAAUCUUCUCAGGUGACUUAGGCUCGUGGUAUACUUUUAUAAUUUUGUCAACAGGUUCAUGGUAUAUGAUAUUUGUUUUAUAGUUGACAUUUUUCUUUUGAUGUUAACAGAUACAUAAAAUGGUUAUUUUCUUUUGAAUUCAAAUAUUUUAAAAUUUAUAUGUAUUAUUACAUAUAUAGUAGAAGAAGUCAUAGUCUUCUUUUCUCAUGUCCUACAGUUUGAUUAUUUAAAAUGUAAAUAGCAGUUAAAAUUAUAUAAAAUUGGUUGAUCAUAUCAUAUAUUCCUGUCAGUUCUAUAAUUUGUUAUUGUCUCAUAAUUUUACACAAAAGCCACAAACAACGACUGUUUCUCCUUCUGUACUCUCUCCUAUAUGGGUUUUUUCUCCUUUCAAAGCUAAUAGUUUAUUGAAAUGACACCAAAUUAAAAACCUUUCAGAUUCUUAAAAAGUUUUUAGAUAAUAAUAUAUUUUAUUUAAUCCUUAUGAUCCUACUUUCUUCUUAGUGUACAUAUUUUUUAAACUGAUGCGUUGCAUGAUUUAUGAAUGAAUGUAGGAUACCAAAAAAAAAUACUCAUUCAAUCAAAUAUAGAGUCCACGGACGUACCAAUUCGAUUCAUGGACUCGUGAGUGCAUCCUACACUCCUAGUGGAUCUUACUGACUUAUAAAGCCCACAUCUCAUUCCUGGCCCAUAUAUUAUUUUUUUCCGGUUGCAACUUGUCAUUAACAUUCAGUGUACCGUACACCCAAAACACAGGAUCGCAACCGCCUCGCGAACAAAGCCUCUCCCGGAAGCUUUAACUGAAUCAUCAGUAACAAACUACUUUACGAGCAAGGGCAUAUCCGUCAUAUCGUAUCAACUUCCCGCUUCUUCCCCUCUUCCUCUUCUUCCACACUCACUUCCCGAGACGAAGAUACAGAGAGAGAGAGAGAGAGAUCGAAGAUGAUGAGGUUUAUCAUCACUUGCUUAGUCAUCGCUCUCAGCGUCUACGUCGCGUACCACGGCCUCGAAUACGACCACGGCUUCAUCCGUCUAACGACACGCUCUCCGGGAAACCGCACCGGCGUCAAGGCUCCCGAGAAAUCUCCCUUCGACGAUAACGACGAUCUCAUGACCUGGUACAUGGAAGACGAUUCCGAUCAUCAAUCUUACUCGCUCCACUACGACUUCUACCAAGACUCUUGCCCCACCGCCGAGCGAAUCAUCACCAUAGGCAUCAGAGAGGUCUACGCCGCUAAACCUAGCGUAGCUCCGUCGCUAAUCCGCCUCCUCUUCCACGAUUGCUUCAUCGAGGGAUGCGAUGCUUCGGUGCUACUAGACGCAGAUGAAUCUCUUACUUCCGAGAAAGAAGCGUCUCCGAAUCAGUCUUUGAAAGGCUUCGAUGUGAUUGAAUGGAUCAAGUCUGAGCUGGAGAAGGUCUGCCCUGGAGUUGUUUCAUGCGCAGACGUACUAGUUUUAGCUGCUAGAGAAGCCGUUCUUAUGGCUGGUGGACCGUUUUAUCCGCUGGAGACUGGAAGGAGAGACAGUGUAGUUGCCUUUAAGGAGAUCGCAGAACGUGAGCUUCCUUCACCACAAGCUAGUAUCUCGGUGAUUCUUGCUAGGUUUGGUACUAGAGGAUUCAACGAGAGAGAAACCGUCAGCUUAUUUGGCAUUACGCACUGCACAUUCUUUGAGGACAGGCUAUACAACUUCUCAGGAACCGGGAAGCCUGACCCUGAACUCGAUACAGGGUUCCAGCAAGAACUGAAAACCAACUGUCCCUACUCUGCCUUGGCGCCAUCCCCUAGCACCGGCGUAGGACCGUCCAUCCCUGCAUCAGAUUACGGUGGCGUGAGCUCGGCAGGGGGGAGCGAUGGAGUGGUAGACUUGAGCUACAACAACGAAGGAGGCGAGAUGAAUUUCGGAACACGCUACUACAGGAGACUGAUGCAGAAGAAAGGGUUGAUGUACGCUGAUCAGCAACUGACGGGAAGAGAAGAGACUGAGAUGUGGGUGAGAGCAUACGCUUCUGAUACGCAGCUGUUCCGACGUGACUUUGCCAUGUCCAUGAUGAAGCUAUCGAAUUAUCAUGUCUUGACUGGUCCUCUAGGUCAAGUCAGAACCACCUGCUCCAAAGUCCUGCCAAAGAUCUGAACGAUUGAUUCUCUCUCUCUCUCACUUUAUUUCCAUCUUUUACAGUUUUAUAUCUUCUGGAAUCAACUAUGAGCUUGUGACAUUCAUUGUGUAUAUUGCAACAGCAACAUUUACAGUGGUUUGACAAUACAAUAUGAUUGUGUAUUGUUGUUCAA